GAUUCCGUUCAAGGCGGCAACUAGCAAACCGUGCUCCUCAUACCUGUUUGUCAGCUCUGGUCUGUCUGUGUUGUAGGGUUUUUGGUGUUUUCUGUGACUUUGAUUGAAAUCGAGGGUUCUUGGGAGUAAAAUUGGUAAAAAUGAAACAGAGAAACCUCAAUACAAAGACUGAGUCAGCAAUUUUGUGAGAGCAUUCUCUUUCUCCUGUACAAAGGACACGUCUGAAAGAACUGGAGAGAGAGAGAUAUGGAGGAUGGGGAGAUCGAUUUCUCGAACCAGGAUGUGUUUUCGAGGCCGAGCAUGGAGAUGGGGCUGGGGGAUUGUGAUGAUGGUUGCUCAAUGGGUAGCUUCUUCGAAGACCUGUUCGUGAAAGACAUCCAUUCUCAAUCCUGUACCCAUACCCACACCUGCAAUCCGCCCGCCGGCCCUGACCUCGCCCACACUCACACCUGCUUCCAUGUCCACACUAAGAUCCUCUCCUCUGCAGACCCCAACAAUGACGACGAUGCAGCUGCAACAACAGGUGAAGAAGAAUCAUCAUCCAUUAAUGAACAGCAGAAGAAGAAAAGGCCGCUGGGCAACAAGGAGGCAGUGAGAAAGUACAGGGAGAAGAAGAAAGCUAGAGCUGCUUCUUUAGAGGAUGAGGUUGUUCAUCUUCGCGCUAUGAACCACCAAUUGAUGAAGAAAUUGCAGGGUCAGGCUGCCUUAGAAGCUGAGGUCGCGAGGCUCAAGUGCUUGCUCGUUGAUAUUAGGGGCAGAAUUGAAGGAGAGAUUGGUUCUUUUCCCUACACUAAUAAGCCCCCACCAUCAUCUUCGGUUCUUCAACACCAGCAGCCAUUAACUGGAGGUGGGUUUGCCCUGAAUUCUUGUAAUUUGGAGCAGUGUGAUAAUGAACAAUUGCAAUGCUUUCGCCCUUCUGAUAAAUCUGUCCAGGAGGAUGUGCCUCUUCAUAAUAAUGGGGGGUUGAGCCAAGGAUUUGGGGUCUGUGAUGUACCAGCGGUUCAGUGUGGAAACCCUCUGAUAGUUGGUUCAUCAAAGGAAGUUGGUGGUUGUGCUUAUGGCAAUCCAUUACCUGCUGUUGUGCCCUCAACUUCAAGGAGAAGAAGAACUCGUGGGACAGAUGGUUAAAGGAAUGGUUGCUGGAAAUGUACGUUCUUUGCUUGAAGAUUACCUCUAAAAUAAAUGUUGUAUUGGGUUGAAUUUUAUUGGCUAAUCGGUCUGGAUUUGGACUUGGCAUCCAUGUGCUCGCAACUUGCAAGCUAUUCAUGGAUGGUGGUAGCUUUGCUCUCUAUUGAGGAAGGUGUUUGCUGACUGACCUCACUGAAGAAAUAGGGAUCCUCCAUUUUUUUGUUUGUUUAUCUUUCCCCUUUUUGUGAUUGAGCCAUGCACCGUUAGCCUUAAUUUGUGAUUGAGGGCGGGGUGUGCUUACACCAUUAGCCUUAAUUUGUGAUUGAGCCAUGCAUCGUUAAACUUGAUUCGGAUGACACUUUGUUGGGAGGGAAUGCAUUCCUUUGUUGAUGA